GCUACCUAUCGCGCAGGCUCGCGUGGGCGGGGCCGGACUGGAGAGACAGGCGAGGCCUCCUGAGGGGCGGUACCGUCCUGCUGAAGGCGGGGCCUCUGCGCCAGACUGAGGGGCGCAGUGGCAACAAGCAAUGGGCUAGAUUUCCCACAUAGGGUCUCAGGGUACUGGAUACGAGGCCUUUAUUCGUCAAAGCAAGGGAGAAUCCAUAUGCGAACAUUCAUAGCUAGCUAGGAGCUUCAGCGGGCUCCCACAAGCUGCUUUACUCCGUGGCAAGACUUUCCAGCAUGUUCCAGGGUUUUGAGGACCUGCAUGCAGUGGAAGGACAUCCACAGCAGCCACGGCUUUGUGCUGUCCAGAUAAUGCCCGUGACUUUGGACCUAAGAAUCACGCUUCCCCUAUUGCCAGCAGCCCUCAAAGGCCCCGUGUAGGCUUCCCCUGAUUUGGAGUUGGGGAGACGCUACUGGCAUGAUGGCUCAAGGUGCUCUAGCCGGAUCCCCAGUGGCCAUACAGUGGGGACCUGCAGGGUAAGUGCAUUAGGGAAUGGAAACAGUGGCAAGAGUACUAUCAGGAGAGGCUGACAUCACCAGGGCAGAACGCCUGCAGAAAGAGCCUGGGAUGAACCAGAAACUCUUGAGAUGAAAGCAGGAAAGCCCGCCUCUGAAGGGCUUUGCUUACUCAGGAAAGAAAAUGACACAAGAAUGGCCAAAUGUCAGAGGGAAGACCCGUGGGACACUGGGAGAGCCUUGAUCUUCCAUUGCUUCAGGAUUUCUCCCCAUUCCGGGAAGGCCCAGGGCAUUGGGUUGCAGCAGCUCUUCUGAUACAGUGUCUGAGGCAGACAGACCGCAGACCGAAGGACUAACCGGCCAGAAGCAGUCACUGGCCUGUGGAAAAUCCAGGACCAAAUAUCCAGGAUUGACCUUUGGCUGUCCACUGGAAGUGGCCACUUGGCUUCUGCGGCGUCUCCCACCACGCCUGGCAGCAGCCCAUUUCGGAAAAGGCAUAGAUCUGCUUGACUUUGCCGCCAAAUCCAAUCCUUGGCGCAGUCCGGCAGCGCCAUCUUCUGGUACAGAUCUCCACCUUCACCGCUCAUGACACUCCAUAAUGCCUGAUUUGCUUUUCCGACCGCUUGCCGGCCUCCAAAGAGAUUUUUCCGGGCCCCGCCAAGAAUAAUGAUGCGCUGAGACACCCAAGGCCAGUGUUCUCAAAGCACUGAGCGCCGGAGACGCAGCAGCCAGGGCGGAACUCGCCAGGAAGAGGCGGCGCGUUCUGGGUUCCAUCCUACCCCAGCCUGGUGAGUGGUCACGGUCACGUGGGGCGCUCUCCGGAGACGGAACCAUUGCGACCGACACCUAAAGGCUUGCCGAUCGGGAGCGCCCAGAUACCCUAGCCAUGCGCCCCCCGUGUCCCACCUUCGCUACCCUGACGUUUCUAGCUGCGGUCCUGGCCGCGCCACUGUCGCAGGCUGAGACUCCGUACCUGGUGCGUGUGGACGCGGCCCGCCCUCUCAGGCCUCUGCUGCCUUUCUGGAGGAGCACCGGCUUCUGCCCCCCACUGCCUCACGACCACGCUGACCAGUACGACCUUAGUUGGGACCAGCAACUGAACCUUGCCUACAUAGGUGCUGUCCCUCACAGCGGCAUUGAACAGGUCCGGAUACACUGGCUGCUGGACCUCAUCACAGCCAGGAAGUCAUCUGGGCAGGGACUGCUAUACAACUUCACCCACUUGGAUGCAUUCCUGGACCUCCUCAUGGAGAACCAACUCCUCCCGGGCUUUGAGCUCAUGGGCAGCCCUUCUGGCCACUUCACAGACUUCGAGGACAAGCAGCAGGUGUUUGAAUGGAAGGACCUGGUUUCUUUCUUGGCCAGCAGAUACAUCGGUAGGUACGGCCUGACACAUGUUUCCAAGUGGAACUUUGAGACCUGGAAUGAACCAGACCACCAUGACUUUGACAACGUGUCCAUGACCACACAAGACCCUCUUGCCCUAGGCUUCCUCAAUUACUAUGACGCCUGCUCUGAGGGCCUGCGCACUGCCAGCCCCACUUUGAGGUUGGGUGGCCCUGGGGAUUCCUUCCACCCUCUGCCAAGGUCACCACUGUGCUGGAGCCUCCUGGGUCACUGUGCCAAUGGAACCAACUUCUUCACCGGUGAGGUGGGCGUGCGUCUGGAUUACAUCUCCCUGCACAAGAAGGGUGCAGGCAGCUCCAUCGCCAUCUUGGAGCAGGAGGUGGCAGUUGUGGAGCAGAUCCAGCAGCUCUUCCCCGAGUUCAAGGACACCCCUAUCUACAAUGAUGAGGCGGACCCUCUGGUGGGCUGGUCACUGCCGCAGCCUUGGAGAGCUGAUGUGACUUACGCAGCGCUGGUGGUGAAGGUCAUCGCACAGCACCAGAACCUGCUCUUUGCGAAUGGCAGCUCCUCCAUGCGCUAUGUGCUCCUGAGCAAUGACAAUGCCUUCUUGAGUUACCAUCCGCACCCUUUCUCCCAGCGCACGCUGACGGCCCGCUUCCAGGUCAACAAUACUCGCCCGCCCCAUGUGCAGUUACUGCGCAAGCCAGUCCUCACAGCGAUGGGGUUGAUGGCCCUGCUGGAUGGAGAGCAACUCUGGGCUGAGGUGUCACAGGCUGGCGCUGUGUUGGACAGCAACCACACCGUGGGUGUCCUGGCCAGCACCCAUCAUGCCGCCGGCUCUCCCGAGGCCUGGAGUAGCACAGUUCUGAUCUAUGCUAGUGAUGACACCCGUGCACACCCCAACCACAGUGUCCCCGUGACUCUUCGCCUGCGUGGGGUGCCGCCUGGCUUGGGGCUUGUCUACGUAGUGCGCUACCUAGACAAUCAGCUCUGCAGCCCCUACGGUGAGUGGCUGCGCAUGGGCCAGCCAGCCUUCCCGUCUGCGGAACAGUUCAGACAGAUGCGCGUGGUGGAGGACCCAGUGGCUGAGGCACCACGCCCUUUCCCUGCUGGGGGCCACCUGACCCUACAACGGAAGCUUCCGUUGCCAUCACUCCUGCUGGUGCAUGUGUGCGCGCGACCCUUGAAGCCACCAGGGCAGGUCAGCCGGCUUCGCGCACUGCCCUUGACACGUGGGCAGCUGGUUCUGGUCUGGUCAGAUGAGCAUGUGGGCUCCAGGUGCCUAUGGACAUAUGAGAUCCAGUUCUCCCAGAAGGGGGAAGCGUAUGUUCCGAUCAGCAGAAGGCCGUCUACUUUUAACCUCUUUGUGUAUAGCCCAGACACAGCUGUGGUCUCUGGCUCCUACCGAGUACGAGCAUUGGACUACUGGGCCCGGCCAGGUCCCUUCUCAGACCCCGUGACUUACCUGGAUGUCCCUGCCUCAUGAGAACCACUGGCUCCUGAUGACUGGUGACAGAACUGCAGCCACACAGACCCAUUCUCAAACCAUUGUGUGUGUUUUUUUUAAAACAAAACAACAAUAAAAAAAAAAUCCCAGUUGUUUGAUUUUACCAAUGAAUACUCAAGAGCUGGAUGCUGGGGUGAAACCUAUUAGCUCAGAGAGGUAGAGAAAGCACCCAGCUGACCUUCCUACUCAUUUCACUUUCCAGAAGGAAAAAGACAAAAGCCCUUCUUCACAGUUUUAAAUACCCUUCUCUCAGUGUCCAUCCUUUCUGUUUACACCCUGUCAACUGGUUUCUUGCUCCACCUCUUGACCUACGGUUAACUUUAUUUACUCCUAUGUACAGAAGUUCUUUGAUUAAAGUUCUUGGUGUGUGUUAGGGCUGAGCCACAUCAAACAAGAAACAGGUUUUCACAGUUCACACUCUUGGGGUUCACAGUGGGAUCAAAUAUCCUGCAACAACCGUGGGAGUUCACCUUCUGUCUUCUGGGUGGGACCCAGCCGCCUCCUUUCUGUGUGCUGUGUCUGUAAAGUGGCUCAGGUCAGGAAUUAAUAUGAGGCUCUGGAGUAACGUGAUGGUUUGUGCUGGUGAGGGAUCUUGAGGGGCCACCUCCUUAGCCUGCACGUCCAGCAGCGCUCUGCAGUCUGUAGUCUGUGGUCUAGGUAAUUUCUCAGGACCCCUCACCUUGCUAAGGUGCCUUAUCUUACUGGAACCUUCAGUGUCGCAGACCUCUGCAGGUACAUUGCUGUGUAAGUGCUUGGACAAUAUCCUUGUUCACAAGCCAGCUCUGAAGCAUCCCAUUUGCCUGUGGUGUGGUUGCUUCCAAAGGGCUUUGGAUGUUGUUUGGCACACUCAGGGGUGUCCCUGUGUGCAUAGGAAGGGCGUACUGCUAGCAUCCUUGCCACAGUAUGUGCAGGCAGGGUAUAGCCCAGGUCCCUCAUUGUUACUUUUGAAUCCUCUAGGUCCUUAGUCUCACACCACAGACCUCAGGCCCUUGAUGUUUUAGGCAGUCAAGGUAGGAACUGUUGAGGAAAGCAGCUUUCUGACUUGCUCCUCAUGGUUUGCUUAGCUUGCUCGCUUAUACCAGACAGGUCCACCUGCCUGGAGGGGCACUAUCCACAGUGUGUUAGGCCCUCCCACAUAAAUCAUGGAUCAAGAAAAGCUCCCCAGGUGUGCCCACUGGACCCCCGCUGUAGACGGUGACUCACCAGGAGUUGGGACUGUUGGGAGGUCUGAGUGUGGCAUGGCAGUCCUUCAGGGGAUCGGGGCACAGCUUCCUCAAAGCUGGCAUCAGUUAUGGGUACAUCCCCUGGAAUGUCUCCCCCACCUCAGCUCUCUGCCUAGACUUACCAUGCUGAGUGAUACCUGCUUGCUCUGCCCUGCUGUGAUGGGUUCCGCUCCAGGUUAGCAUCCUUCCUGAAGCCUCCAGCCAGAGAAUCUAGUUGGUCUCGUAUAGGAGAGGGAUGAUGUAGGAUCUUAGUGACCACAAAUCCUUCCUCACUGAGGCUAGAGCUGGGUCAUGGACACUUCCUCAGCAACUUUGUGUCAUCAGGCCCCAUUUAUUUGUCCUUUAUGACC